AUGUCUGCAAACGUCCUCAUCGUUGGUGCCGGCGCCAUUGGAGCCUUCUAUGCCUCUCGUCUUGCCCUCGUCCCUGGUACAUCAGUCUCGGUCAUCUGCCGCUCCAACUACAAAGCCGUGAAAGCGAACGGCUUCCAAGUUACCUCACCGCAAUACGGCGAUUACACCUUCGUACCGGCCAACACCUUUGCGAACCCGGACGAGGCAAGAGCGAGCGACAUACAGUGGGACUUCAUCGUAGUCAGCACGAAAGCGCUACCCGACGUGAGCGAUGACUCGACGAUACUUGAGGGGCUAGUCAGCGAUAAGACGGCCAUUGUGCUGAUACAGAAUGGAUUGGGUGUAGAAGAACCGUAUACGAAGCGUUUCCCACAGGCUGCGAUAUGUUCGGCGGUCACGAUAGCAACCUGUGCGCAACCCGAGCACGGCCAGAUUAAGCACAACAGAUGGACGCGGAUCAACAGCGGACCGUACCUGCCCCAUCUAGACACCGGAAGCAGAAAGGAUAGCGACGUACGCGUCAUCUUGAUGAAUGACGCGUUCAUCGAGAUGCUGAGACAAGGAGGCAUCAAAGACGCCGAAGCCUACAGCCAUGCCAAACUCCAACUCGUCCGCUGGCACAAGAUCGCCAUCAACGCCUCCAUGAACCCUACCUCGGUCCUCACCCUUUGCCUCCCGAACAACGUCAUGUCUCUCGACCCAGAACUACAGCGCCAUCUCAAAGGCGUCAUGACCGAGAUCCUCGAAACCGCACCCAAGAUCCUCGGCGAGCCCAUGCCCAAGGAGUUUGCGACUCCCGAUCAGAUCAUUCGCUCUACACAAAAGAACACAAGCGGUAGCAAGCCGAGCAUGGCCAUAGACUGGGAAGCGGGCAAGAAGAUGGAGAUUGAGGUCAUUCUUGGCAAUCCAUUGAGGAUUGCGAGGGACAGGGGCUAUGAGAUGCCGCGCCUGCAGAGUUUGUAUGCGAUGGUCAGGAUGGCGCAAGAGGUCAGAGACCAGAAGAAGGACAACAAGUUGUGA